UUUUCAGUAAAACGUGUCCGUCAGUUCACUUUGCAUCUGUUCAGUGUUCCUGUUCCUAUAAAUAACACACAGCUGAGACACAACAACAUGCCUCAGAGUCCUUUGGGAGGCUACACGUCAUGUGCAGAUCUUGAGAUCUCUGGCUUUGGGCCCCAACUGACCGUACUCGGGCCACUGUGUUUCACCCUGCACCCUAAUGGGGAAUUGAGGAACUUGACCCUAAGAAGACAGAUCAGCUGAAACAGGAGCAACCGGAUCUGCACUAUGCCCUCUUCCAAAACCCUCGUUUGUACUAAUGAAGCAUGUCACUCUUUCCAAGACACAUUACUAGCACAAAGUGAAGUGUUAAAAUGAUUAACUCAGAAGUGGAAAAGUGAGAUUGAUUCAAAAUUUUUUUUUUUAAAAAUUAUAGUUUCUGAAACAAAUGACCAAAUUACAUGAAAAGUGUUAUGGUAAAGUGUUGAGCUGUACAUAAGCAGAUAAUUAGCCUUGGUUGACAUUUAAAAGACUACAGACCAUAGAAGAACUGCAGCAGAAUAAUGAAUGCAGACACAUUAUAUGACAUAACUGGUUUAUUAUGUGCUUUAUUGGUAUUUAACAGCAGGGACUCAGAGAAUAAAAACUUUUUUGCAGCAACUUUCCAGUGUCAGUGGUAAUAAACGAGCAGGACUUUGUUCACUAGUUUUUGCAUGGUGUGUGCACCUCGUGAUGCACCACAAAUCUCUGCUGUGCAUCGCUCUGAAUGGACCUAACAACUCAUCCUUAACAAAGGUGUAGUGGUGUGUGUGUGUGUGUGUGUGUGUGUGUGUGUGUGUGAGAUGGGGACUAACCUGCGGAAGACCCAGUCUCUGAGGUGUGUUGCCACUGAGCACGCUCUGUCCUGGACGGAGGCGGGACUAAAAGACAGGAAGAAGUCCGUCUCAGAGCUUGUGGCACAAUAUCAGAAUGCGGUUACUGGAAAAGCAACAGCAGCGGAUUCAGUGGAAAACAAGCAAAAGCAGACCCUCCAGUUUGCUGCAAUCCCCAUAACAGAGGCUGAGACUAAACUGGAGACUCUGAUCCAGAGAAGCACUAAAGAAAGACCAAAUGCUUGGGCUGAUCGUAGCACCAACACUCAUUUCACACGCAGUAAGUCGAUGGAGUUUCUUCCUCCCCAAAGAACCAUAAGCACAAGCGCUCUCAGGGAACUCUUUGAGCCAAAGGUUGCCAUGCAGCCCAAGAGUGUCCACAAACCAAAGAAUACUGACAAGCCACAAAGCACCCCAGUCAUGGAGAAUGCUGGGAUCAAUCAUAAAAGCACUGAGGAUCUGCUGGUGUUUAUAGAAGAACACACCAUUAACAACCACGAGAAAUCAGUUGAACCACCAAAAGAGAAAGAGGAGAAUGUGACCCCAAAGGUGGUGAGAGCUCCCUUGGCGGAAAGAAGAAAAACCACUACAGGAGUUUAUACUGAAAGAAACAUUCCUCAAACAGACGAUAAACGGAAAUCAAUUGCAGACUUCAGAGACAACUCCACUCUGUAUGGACGGGAGAAGUUCCCUAUUUCUGUCAAAGCCAUCUCCGCACUAUAUCUGUCUAAAGUGGCAGCUGCAGACCCAACAGGGAACCUUUUAAAACCAAAACAAGAUUGUACUUCUCCAACCGGACCAAAAGUUUGCAAGAUGGCUGAUGUGGCACCAAAAGACUUUGAGCAAGCCCCAUACUCAGAAGAUGAUUCAGCACAGCCAGAUCUAACCUUUCCCAUCCUGCAACCCGAUUCCAGGGCUGACAGCCAGUCACCCAUUCCAACACCUCCUUCAAAAGAGGUUAUCUCUACACUGUAUGAACAACGACAGAAAUGUGAGUUGAGGCGACUCCUGAAACACACCUGCCCUGAGCUGAAGGGCCUGGGAAACAUGAUGGACGAGGAGUUUGCUGACAUAUUAAACUCUGGCAUUGCCACAGAUAUCGCAUACCAGGGCGAGGUCCAGUCAAGACGUUGGAUAUUUGAGAAUGGUACUGUCAACACCGGAGAGUCCCACAAGCAAACACAUUUGAUGGAGAAGAGCAUUCAAGGAGAACACACAUUUGAACAGCUCUUGAAUUGCUUUAAGGAAGAAGGGUCCAUACAUGGCACCAAACAGCCAACCAGUCACCCAGAGACUGAUGAGACCCCACAAAAAGUUGGUGAAGCAUUUACCCAAGAGGAGAACUUCAGGGUGAAUGUUAAGGCCAAACGGAAAAUGUUCGAAGGUCAGUUAAUUGAAACUUCAAGAGAGGACCUAGAUGAUGUCUUUCCAGGGAGGAUUGUUAUCUCAGAAGAUGAAAAGGGAGCAGUACAAAAGCAAAAGAGAGACUUUGAAACUUACCAAACUGGCACCACCAAAAGAAACAGUGACCUUAGCAUUAUAGAUAUUACAGACAUAGAUCAAGAUUGUGGUGAAGUGUAUCUAGGUAUAUCUAGAGCCAAAGAGGUUUUUGAAAAGGGGUUUGACAAUGAGAACAGCUCACCACCAAAUGAGAACAUAAGCACAGAGGAUGAAACUCUAAAGACAAAUGUAAAGAACAGAACCAAUAUGUUUGAAUCAACACCUCUGGACAGAAUCAAUUGGCAAAAUGAUGCAGAAUCAGAUACCAUGGAUGAGAACAUGAACAAAUCCUUAAUUUCUCUUCAUGGCUUCAGUGUCAUUCAUUCUCAUGGUGCCCUUCUUGAAGCCAGUGAGGCUGGGCAUGUGAGAAAGGCAAACUAUUGCUUUAUCCAGGAAAAAGGUCCAGAAAUUCAACAUGAGGAAGUGGUUAUGGGAAGUAUGAAGAGUAUUCUGCUUCAGCUUUUGGCAAGAGUAAAUCUUAACCCAGUUAUAGUCUUCUUAAAAGAGGAUGAUCAAGGAAAUGUGGAAAUCAAGAACAUAGACAUACCAACUCACCAACUACCAUUCACAGUUAACCAAGACAAAGAAUACAGAACCACAAACAUGGUUCAGGUCAUCGAAGACCUACUUGGUCAAGAAACAUGUCUCGGAAAAGGAGUUUUAAUACAAGAACAAGCAACGGGAUCUGUGGAGACAUUAGUUUAUGUUCUUUUUAGACAUGACAGCCAUGAUGGAACUGUGAUGGUUCGAAAUUAUGAAAAUAUGUUUGAGCCAAGAGAAAUGAAUCUUCUGAUAAGUCGAAACUGUGAUGUUCCCCCCAAAAUGUGCAGCCCACCACCCUUCACUCAGGGUGAUGCCUCAAUUUCAAUCAGACAUGAUGAAAACAGGAUAAGCAAUGUGAAAUUGUUCCAGAACUGUAUUGAGAAUGGAGAUCUGGGUUACUUAAAAGGUCUGCAGAAAAGUCCAACAGAUGAAGACGUAAGUGUCAAGUUUAGGCAAGAGGAGCAAAAUGUCGUGAUUGCACCAGGUAAUCAUAAGAUGAUCAAAGCAAUGUUUGUUACAAAUCCAGAGCAUGAUGGGUCAUCUUUGCAGUCUGAGAAACAUGCCCAAAAUGAAUUAAAAAACAAUAUGGAAAUGACGGCAAAUGGAGGAUAUAGUCUAUCAACUGAUGGAGAGUUUGAAAAAUGUAGCGUUGAAAAUGUAGAUGAACCUGGCAGAAUGUUCAGUCAAGAUAGAAAAGAGAUGUGCAGUGAAAAAACAGAUGAAAAUAUUGUAACUCUGCCAGAGGUAAUUGACAUGGUGGAAAAUGAAGCGUUGUCAAAUCUUCAAGCAGCUAUCAUGAGUCUCCAACAGGCCACAUUGGAGGCAAAAGCUAUUCAACAAAGUGUUUAUGAGAAACAACACGAUACCUGUCCAACAUCAUCAGAAAACCAAUACCUCAUAGGAGCCAUGAAUGAAGAGAACAAAGAGUUCUCACAGAAUUUUGAAGCUGAACAGCAACAAGAAGGAAGAGAACAGACCCUGAAAGGCAGUGUCCAAGCAGCUCUGGAUUCUCUGAAAAAAUCUAGCUUUAAUGUCACCAAAGGGGAUUUUAAAGCUGCAAUGAUUUACAGGAACUCAGGAAAAACUCAUGCUGGGCAAAAAGCUGAUAUAAUUGUCCCCUCAGAAGGGAUCAAAGCAUGCCCACCCUCCCGUCUGCCUGGACAGGUGACUGUCGAGACACAGCAUGAGGGUGCUGAAACUAGCCCAUUUCAAGGCCAGCUCACAAAUAAACCGUCAGCAUGCUCCCCACUGACAAACCAAACACACGAACAGGCUUCUCUUCAGAGAAGUAAAAAGGCUCCUGGACUUAAGCCUGCCAUUCCCCCCAAACCAGAUCAUUUAAAGACAACCCCUAGCUCCACCACAAUGGCCAAUAAGUCUGCAACCAAUGCAGGACAUCUAAAUAAUACCAAAGCUGAAUCAAACUCUGCAGAACAACAAAGUGCAGAACUCACAAAUCUGAAACCAACACAAGAUGACUUCUUGAAAGUGCCACAGAAUAAUGGAGAUACUGAAAUACCUUGUGGUUUGACAGUCACCGAUAUCCAGUCGAGCCAGGAUUGUAUAACCAUGAGCAGUCCUGAGGGAAAUGCAGCCACAGAGGAGAAGAGGGACCUGAUGCUUGAAGUAAGUGGGGGCAGUUCAGGGUUUCAGGCUUCCCUGCAGAACUUUGGGAUAAAAACAGGCCAAGCAAUGCCACCUGUGAAGCCCAAAAGAAUCAAAAUGACCACAGAUAGGACUGUUGUAAAUCCUGCUCUUUUGGGACCUAACUGCAAACCAAGCAAUGGUGAACAUAAGGAACAACCAGAGAGCAAUGUGACAAUGAGGGAAAAGAAAGGUAGAAGAGAGAGUGAAGCAGAACGAAGACAGAGGCUAUCAGUGCACAUGGAUGAAAUCAUGAAGGGAAAUGCAAAUGCAGCCAUGGAAAUCUUCGACAGGCUGAGAGAGCAAGAAGAGCUGAAAACUAUCCUCUAUAAAGUUGAGGAAAUUGAAGGAGAGGCCAGUCAGGAUGAUGGUGACCUCAGAAAGAUUUUUGAAAGUGUACCAGAUUGGGUUGUGCCACAAAAGCAUGUAAAUCCCAAAAAUGGGGUGAUGGAAAAGGAAGUAGGGAAAUCUGAAACAGUCUGUGAAUCUGAAAUGUUAUCCUCCAUGCAGGUAGCAUUUGGAGACCUUGAAAAAGCAAGUGCUGCAAUAAUUACUUUAAAAGAACAAACAUUGUCAAGACUCAUGGAAAUAGAGGAAACCAUUAAGAAAGCGCUUUACUCCGUCUCUACGCUGAAAUCUGACUCAGACAUUGUAGGGCUGUCUGGUCUCUUCAAGGAGUCCAUGAUGGCUGGGCAAUAUUUGCCCAUUUCAGGUAACAUACGUAAAAUUAGCAUUGGGUCAAGCAAAUCUCCAAAUCCUCAGAGUCCGAAUAAUGUAGGAGUCUCUCAGAAGAGUGCUACAGAAGAACCAGGAAUGCGGAAAGUAGAGAACUCGAAGUCAGAGCUCAGUCCUCCAGAAACUAAGCCAAGAGCAGGAUCUCCUUCCUCACCUUCUUUUAUUUCUAUCCAAUCCACUGCCAGAAGGAAUACAGAAACACCAGCAUCUCCAAAAUCUCAAUCCUCUAUAACAGCUCUGACUUGCUACAACAUUCCUGCUGAAAAGGAAAAACGACAGGUCAGUACACUGGAAGUGCAAACAGGCCCCAAGGCUGAGACGGUCAUUGGCACCAAGACCAUCAGAGAAAAGUAUGAAGAAACAGACUGUUUUGGCAACAAGUUCUACUCUUCCACAACCUCUACUGUCAUGACUACUCAGCCUGAUAACAAAGCAUGCUUCAGGAGACAGGUUACAACCAAUCCAACCACCACUGAAGUUGUUGCAUAUCCAAGAAUCAACACUCCCUCUAUUAAAGGGGGCCAAGCACCUUCAUGAGGAAGCUAUGAGGAUGGGGUUAGAUAAUUUGAUAUUUAUUAUUCUUAUAAAUGGUUUUCAACUUUAGUGGUUCUGUUUGGUUUUAAAAUUAGGUUUACACUCUUAUAAAAAGUGCUCCUUAAAGGUUUCCUCAAGGGCUCUCUGGAUGGAUUAAUGUUCUAGUGACGUGAAGAGGUUACACUUGAAACCUUGAGAAAACUAUGUGGACGGGGUUAAAUGAUUUUAUAUUUAAUAUGGUUAUUCAUGGAUUUCAAUGUUAGUUAAGCAGUUUGGUUUCAUAAUUAGUUCCUCAAAGGGUUCCUAAAGGGUUCCUGAAGGUGUCUCUGGAUGGUUUAACAUUCUAGCAUCCUUUAUUGGUUGUACUUGAGACCUUUACUGAAAGAUAAAUCUCCAGUUGUAGGAUUAUACACAGAGGGUUUAGAGGUUCUCCCAAAGGGACAAAACAAAGGACCAUUUAGGGGGCUAGAUGGAACCUUUUUGUGGAACCACAGAGUGUGUCUUUCAGUGUUAAAUCAGUGUUCUUGUUCCACAAAUGGAAAUGUAUUCUAAUUUAAAGAUAUAUAAAACACAUUAUCUAAUCUCUAAUAUAAAGAUUUAAACACAGCAAUGUUUGUUAAAAUUAGCUUUUGUAAUUUUGUACUGUAAUGGCUUUUACAGUGAGAAAUAACUAUUUGUGUACUUUUUGUCAUUUAUCUUAGCCCAUUCCAUAAUAUCAUGUUGUAUUAACAGUGAACUGACAUAGGACAUUCUUUUUAUGGUGUACAAUAAAUGUGAAAAUGAUAAUAAAUGUGAAAAUACUAAUAAAUUGUAACUGGAUAGAGAACCUUGUUACAUUAUGGAAAGUUCAACCACAUUAAGACCUUGUCAUAAGAAUAAAAAAAGUAUGCCUA